UAUGGGUGGAGGAGGAGGAGGAGGAGGAAGAAGAUUGUGAUCUUCUUCCUCCUCCUCCUCCUCCUCCUCCUCCUCCUCGUCCUUCCCAUCCCGAUCUUGUUCCUCCUCCUCCUCCUCCUCCCAUAGCCGACAAAUAUACAUAGCAGUUCGCUGGGGAGGGUCUUCUUCCUCCUCUUCCAUCGCCAGGUCACCUUUUUUUUUGUGGGGGGGGGGUUGGAAUCGUUACGAUUGUUUGUCGACGAUGGGAGGAGGGGGAGAAGGAGGAGAGGGAGGAACAAGAUCGCGAUGGGUAGGAGGACUAGGAGGAGGAUCAAGAGGAGAAAGAUCACGAUCGGGAGGAGGAGGAGGAAAAAGAUCGCGAAUGGAGGAGAAGGAGGAGGAGGAGGUGGAGGAGGAGAAGGGGGAGAACAAUUGGCUAUGGGAGGAGAAGAAGGAGGAGGAAGAAGACCCUCCGAUGGGGAAGGAGGAGAGGAGGAAGGAGGAGGAGGAGGAGGAGGCAGAAGAUGGCGAUGGGGAGGAGGGGGAGGAGGAGGAGGAGGAAGAAGAUGGCGAUGGGAAAGGAGGAAGAAAAUGGCGAUGGGGAAGGAGGACAGGACGAAGGAGGAGGAGGAGGAGGAGGCAGAAGAUGGCGAUGGGGAGGAGGGGGACUGCAGCUGCUGGGAAGGAGCCGUUCAGGGAGGAUCCGACAUUUCGGGGUAAAUUCUGUGUGUGGUCGUGGGUGUCUGCUGGGCAGAAGCUAAAGGAGACGACUCGGGGUGGUCGUCGCCUGAAAUGCAAGUUGUGCGGCCGUGAGUUCAAUGGGGGACAAUCGCGUGCAGUUGAGCACUUCAUUUGGAAGAGGCCGACUUCACGUUGCCCUCAUGGGACACUGGCUUUUUGGAGGAGGCUGCAUGCUGCCGGGGUGGUAUUGCCUGCAGACUUGCUGGAAUUGGUGCGGGCAGCGGAGGAGGAGAAGAACAACACCGGUGAUGGUGGCUUGGAGGGAGGGAGAAGAACAACACCGGGAACGAAGGAGGGAGACAAGUGGGGAGGGGUGGAGAUCAGGGUCCGCAGUCUUGCAGUGGGGUGGAGGAUGUUGGGGGGAGGGCCGUCGAUGUGCGAGGUGCAUGUCGGGGGGAAGCAGGCCCUUCUCGUGCUAAUGCACUGCAAGCACGAGUGAGGAGGGGGAGAAGGAGGAGAGGGAGGAACAAGAUCGCGCUGGGUAGGAGGACUAGGAGGAGGAUCAGGAGGAGGAAGAUCACGAUCGGGAGGAGGAGGAAAAAAAUCGCGAAUGGAGGAGAAGGAGGAGGAGGAGGUGGAGGAGGAGGAGAAGGGGGAGAACGAUUGGCUAUGGGAGGAGAAGGAGGAGGCGGAAGAAGACCCUCCGAUGGGGAAGGAGGAGAGGAGGAAGGAGGAGGAGGAGGAAGAGGAGGCAGAAGAUGGCGAUGGGGAGGAGGGGGAUGGCGAUGGGGAAGGAGGAGAGGAGGAAGGAGGAGGACGAGGAGGAGGAGGAGGAGGCAGACGAUGGCGAUGGGGAGGAGGGGGAGUAGUAGGAGGAGGAAGAAGAUGGCUAUGGGGAAGGAGGAAGAAAAUGGCGAUGGGGAAGGAGGAGAGGAGGAAGGAGGAGGAGGAGGAGGAGGCAGAAGAUGGCGAUGGGGAUGGGGGGAACUUGUUGGAAUUGGUGCGGGCAGCGGAGGAGGAGGAGAACAACACUGGUGAUGGUGGCUCGGAGGGAGGAGAUGUCGGAGCAGACGUUGGGAACGAAGGAGGGAGACAAGUGGGGAGGGGUGGAGAGCCAGGUUCGCAGUCUUGCAGUGGGGUGGAGGAUGUUGGGGGGAGGGCCGUCGAUGUGCGAGGUGCAUGUCGGGGGGAAGCAGACCCUUCUCGUGUUAAUGCACUGCAAGCACGAGUGUGUAAUCGCGGGCAGAUGAAGCAGAGUUCCAUCGCGAGCAGAAUGGCUUCAAAAUUUUCAGGCGUGUAGGAUACAUCAUAGAGAACUCACAAAAACAAAAUCAGAAAAAAAAA